UUCCAUACGUAACAACUGUACCUUACCUAUUCUACAUAUUUCUGUGUUAAUUUAUAUGCUUUUGCUAAUUUAAAUCAGAUUUUAAAUUUGACUUAUCUUUAGAGCGAUGCACUCGAUGAAUAUCUGUUCUGUACUCGAUAUUUUUCCCUCGGUUAUUUGCGAAAAAUCAAAACUAUAGAUAAAUAAUCAACACAUAACUUGACAAAGGAAGUUUUCGUUGCUAUAUUGAGCUAUUAUGGCACUAAAUACUUAGUUGUAUUUUUCGUUAGAAUUCUACAUUCGAUAAGAUUGGCAGGUUGAACUUCCGCUGUAUACAAGAUUCUCUUUCGUGCUGACGUCUUCGUUGGACCAUGCAAAUUAUUCAAACGAAUGUGUAGUUGGAAUUUUAAUGUUGAAAAUGAAAGCGCAAUUUACGGGAGUGUUAAUAGUACUGUGUCUUCACGUUUUAAAAUGUCAUUUGGCUGCAGGACAUGGAAAUCUUUUUGACUUAUUCGAAUCAAGAGAAUCAAACGACGAUUGUAAUAGUAAUAAAGUGUGCGAUGGCAGGUGCAUCGAUUUGGCGCAAAUAUGCGAUGGUGAGGUCAAUUGCGCGGAUGGAUCGGACGAGGAAGAUUGCGAUUAUAUAAAAUGCCUUAGUCCCAGGUAUUUCAAAUGCCUCGAUUCAAAAUGCAUUCCUUCCUCGUCCGUAUGUAAUCGAAUCAAAGAUUGUGAUGGCGAUGAAGAUGAAAUCGCUUGCCAUGAUCUGCCGGGAAGUGAUGGAUGUACUAAUUCGAGCUUUCGCUGUGGUAAUAACUUCUGUAUUCCGGAAGCAUGGACUUGCGAUGGCCAUACUGAUUGCGCAGAUAGCAGCGAUGAAACAGUCGGAUGUACAAUGAAAAUAUGCAAAGUCAACGAGUUCAAGUGUAAGAAUAAUAUGUGUAUACCUUUGUCAUUUCGAUGUGAUGGUAUGCCCGAUUGCCGCGAUAAAUCGGAUGAAGAACAUUGUGAAUACCCGGUUUUGGAUAUGAACAACUGCACGUUAAAUAAUUAUAAAUUCGCUUGCAAAGACAAAUUAAAGUGCAUCGAUGUCCAGAAAACAUGUGAUCUUCAUAAAGAUUGUUUCGAUGGUUCGGACGAAGGAGGAGCUUGUUCCAGCGCCGAAAUCAAUGAAGUCUGUUCCAACUGCACGUAUAAGUGUGUUCGCACUCCAGAAACAACUGUUUGCGUUUGUCCCGAUGGGUUUAUUCUGGAUAGUAACAACAGAUGUCAAGAUGUAAACGAGUGCGAAGUAUACGGUAUAUGCGAUCAAAAAUGUUUCAAUACCGAAGGAUCAUAUUCCUGUGGAUGCGAUUCGUUAUACGUAUUACAAAGCGAUGGGAGAACUUGCAAAAUGAACGAUGAAGAUGCGGUGUUGUUGUAUUCGUCGAUGUCCGGCAUUAAAGGAAUACAUGUGCAGAGUCUUCGUAAUUUCAGUAUAAUCGAUUACAAUAUGGUUUCUUCCGGAGUGACCGCGGCUGGUUCCAGUAUUUAUUGGACAGUGGUUCAACAAGGGUUGACUGGAAUAUAUAAAGCAUCCAUGGAUAAUUAUAAUAAGUCACAUUUGAUAAUAAGUUCUGGCUUAGGCACUCCGGAGGAUCUCGAUGUAGAUUGGAUAACUGGAAAUAUUUACUUUACGGAUUCUGAAUUUAAACGUAUCGGUGUUUGUAGUAGUGAUGGUGGGGUUUGUAGUAUCCUUCGUUCAGGAAAUAUUGAUAAACCGAGCUCUAUUACUCUUUCGCCGGAAAAUGGAAUACUUUUUUGGACCGAUUUGGGAUCGAAACCUAUGAUAGGAAAAUCCGGGAUGGACGGUUCCAAAGCAGAAGUAUUCGUUUCUGAAAAUAUCGAUUGGCCGAAUGGAAUUUGCUCUGAUACUCCUAAUGAACGAGUGUAUUGGGUAGAUGCGAAGCACCAUAGUAUAGAAUCCAUCAAAUUUGAUGGAACUGAUCGAAGGGUGGUCUCGUCUGAAUAUGUGAAAUCGCCUUCCUCUAUAUCUAUUUUUGAAAAUAAAUUAUAUUGGAGUAAUUCGGAUGGAAAUGAAAUUUUGGAAUGUGACAAAUUCACUGGGAAAAACCGAAGAAGUUUGAUUCGAAAUGUGUCCAAUACGGUAUACAGUAUUCAUGUACAACAUCCAUCACAUAACAAAAGAGCGAUUGUAAAUCCAUGUGCUAGUGAUGAUAAUCCUUGUAGUGAUAUGUGUUUGUUAGCUCCUGGUCCAAAAAAGAGUUUAAGUUUUUCGUGUGCUUGCCCCGACAACAAAGAGCUGAGCAAAGAUUCAAAAACUUGUUUAAUAAACCCUUAUUCGUUGAUUAAGGCAUUCAGAAAUAAUAUACACCUCAUUGAGCACAAAAAUUUGGGUUAUCCUGAUAUUGGAAAUAUCGCAUUGGAUGUUGAGUCGGUUGUUUCCAUGACUUACUCAUCAAAAAGUCGAAUAGUGAUUGCUGAUUCUAAAUCAAAUCUCAUCAAUUCAUACGAUUGGACUAGCGGCGAAGAAAAGAAAAAAUCUCAAGGCGUGGAUAGUUGAAGGACAGCCAAAUCAGAUUUAGGGCUGGUUUUUUAACGUUCAAAAGAAUUUUACUCUCGGUUAGCGAGUAACCGACCUACUCAUUCAGUCAUAUUCAUAUUAUAUCAAAUUAUCGUUUACGUGCAUGUUGUACUAGUAACUAAAUAAAUACACAGUGUUUGUUAAUGAGAA